AUGCUGCCCGACGACCUCGUGUACCGGCACUCGGCCGCCAUGACGGCCGUCUACUGCGCCGCCUACUCGCUCGUCUUCCUGCUCGGGCUCGUCGGCAACUGCUGUGUCAUCGCGGUCGUGUGGCGGUCGCCGCGCAUGCGCACCGUCACCAACCUCUUCAUCGCCAACCUGGCCGCUGCCGACCUGCUCGUCGUCGUCGUCUGCCUUCCCGCCACGCUCGUCUCCAACAUCUUCGUGCCUCGCAGGAGUCAUCUGUUCGCCGCCAGAUGUCAACUUCAGCUCAGGAGGUCGGCCCGAGUUCGGUCGGCACCAUGGCUGACUGACUACAGCGAGAACUUCCAAGUGGUGCAGAAGUCGUAA